CUCAAACGUUAAACUCUCUCAUCUUUCUUCUUCGAUAUAUCUGAGCUACACGCAGAAAUUCUCUCCAAUCUCCGACGCCGCUGCCUCCACAUUCCAUGGCCGACGUCCAAACAAAUCCCAGCAUUCCCGUCGACUCCAACAGCGGCUUCUGCCAUAAAACCAAGACCUUUCAAAGCAUGCGCCCCCUGGUCCCACUCCCUCCUCUCUCCCAACCCCUCUCCAUCGCCGACUUCACCCUCUCCGAGCUCCUCCUCCGAUCCUCUGCGUUCAAAUCUACUACCACCGUCCUCGUAGAAUCCUCCACCGGCGUCCAUGUAUCAUACUCCCUGUUCCUGUCCCAAAUCCAUUCCCUUACGACCUCUCUCCGAAGCUCAACCUCUCUGUCCAAAGGACAGGUUGCGUUCAUUCUCACCCCUCCCUCCCUCCACGUUCCGGUUCUCUAUUUCGCUCUCUUGGCCUUAGGCGUCACCAUUUCACCCUCUAACCCACUAGGUUCCGACUCUGAAAUCUCUUACCAGGUCCGACUCUGUAACCCUGUCAUCGCCUUCGCCACCUCGUCUACGUCCCACAAGCUCCCCAGUCUUCCUCUAGGUACCAUACUCCUCGACUCCCCCGAGUUUCUCUCAAUGAUAAACGGAAGUCGUAAUGGCACUGACCGAUUCCAGCAAGUCCAAGUGAGUCAGUCGGACUCGGCGGCGAUUCUGUACUCCUCGGGAACGACCGGGAGGGUCAAGGGUGUGUUGCUAACUCACCGGAACUUGAUCGCCCUCUUAGCAAAGUUUCGACAGCUCCUGCCGGAGACGGAUCAGAAUCAGACUGAGAUGCUGCAGCCACACCCGGUUUGCUUGUUCACACUGCCUCUCUUUCACAUAUUCGGGUUUAUCAUGCUCGUGAGGGCAGUGGCGAGGGGAGAAACGCUGGUUCUGAUGAGCAGGUUCGACUUGGAGGGCAUGUUGAGUGCUGUGGAGAAGUAUAGGGUUACAUACAUACCGAUUUCGCCUUCGGUCGUGGUGGCGCUGGCCAAGUCUGACCUCGUCAACAAGUACGAUCUGAGCUCGCUCCAGCUGCUAGGAUCCUCGGGCGCACCGCUAGGAAAGGAGGUCGCCGAGCGCUUCGCGGCUAAGUUCCCCAACGUGACGAUUGUGCAGGGAUACGGUUUGACGGAGAGUGGAGCAGGGGGGGCAGAAAUGAUGACGCCGGAGGAGUCCCGUCGGCAUGGUUCAGUGGGUCGCCUAUCUGAAAAUAUGGAAGCCAAGAUAGUUGAUCCUGUUACUGGAGAGGCUUUACCUCCUGGCCAUAAAGGGGAGCUCUGGUUACGAGGGCCAACAGUCAUGAAUGGUUAUGUUGGUGAUGACAAGGCCACUGCUGAAACAUUGGAUUCAGAAAGGUGGUUGAAGACUGGGGAUCUUUGUUAUUUCGAUUCAGAGGGAUUUCUCUACAUUGUUGACAGAUUAAAGGAACUGAUAAAAUACAAAGCGUAUCAGGUUCCCCCAGCUGAGUUGGAACAUUUACUUGUAUCACAUCCUGAAAUUGCAGAUGCUGCUGUGAUUCCGUACCCUGACGAAGAAGCAGGGCAGAUUCCCAUGGCUUUUGUGGUAAGAAAUCCUGGAAGCAAUAUCAGAGAGGCUCAAGUUAUAGGUUUCAUUGCAAAACAGGUUGCACCAUACAAGAAGGUCCGGCGCGUCUCUUUUAUCAACUCCAUUCCAAAAUCUCCUGCGGGAAAGAUAUUGAGGAGGGAACUGCUCACUCGUGCUCUUUCUCUUGGUUCCUCUAGACUAUGAUCAUUCGAUAUAUAUAUAUAUAGUUGAAGGGGCUAUAUAUGGUAAAAGAAGCAGGCAAUUCAACUAGCCUCAUUUGUCAGAGUGUUAGCAUGGAUCCUUGUUUUCCAAACGAGAAGUACUACAGCCACAAAGAGAUUCCACAAAAACAAACUCACAUAAAGUCACGUCAGUUUAUGAUUUUAUUUUUGUGAGAUCUUUUUGUGACUGUAGUACUUCUCAUUUGUCUUAGUUCUAUUGUACUAUUAUCUUUCUUUUGCAAUACUCUCCUUAUAUUAACUAACAAUUAACACUGUCUAUAUAUGAUUUAUAUCACGGUUAAUUUCCUC